GCUUUUAGUGUCGGCUAGUUUUUAUUUUGUUUAAUUAAUUCCCAUGAAGAAACCCUCAAGAAACCUCCGCCCUCUUCUUCCUCUUUAAUAUAUUCUUCAGCAACACACUCUAUACUGCUUCCUUCUUCGAUUCAAUAAUUUCCUUUCAUCAUUCCGCCGAUAUGGGAAACUGUGUCUUCAAAGGCUUCAACUAUGGCGACGACAUGAUGGUCAAGGUCGUCACCGCCAACGGAGGCAUCAUGGAGCUUUAUGCUCCCAUCACCGUCGAGUGCAUCACCAAUGAGUUUCCCGGCCACGGCAUCUUCCGCCGCAGCCGCCCCGCCUUCUUCUCCGAGCCCAUGCUCCACUCAGAUGAGCUUGUCCCCGGUGAACUCUACUACCUUCUGCCUCUCGAUACUUCUGGCCUUUCUUCCUCCGGCAAGAGCAUGGCCAGAAAACUACAAGACGAGGAGUCAGCUGCCAACCUUACACCAUACCGGAUGUUCAGUUACGACAAGAACAGCCAUAGAGACGGCAAGGAAGCCGAAGUGGUUCCGAGAUAUAAUAGCUCCGGGGUGUGGAAGGUGAAGCUGGUUAUAAGCCCCGAGCAGCUGUCGGAUAUUUUGUCGCAGGAAUCGCGCACGGAGGCGCUGAUCGAGAGCGUGAGAACGGUGGCUAAGUGCGGCAACGGGUUGCCGUCGGCGGUUAAUUCCGAUAAGUGGAGCGUCUCUGGCAGUUGGAAGGGUUCUCUCUCAGAAAAGAUGGCUUUCGAUGGAUCGGAGGAGUAUUAUGAUUUGAAAGAGUGGAAGAAUGCAUUAAAAGUAUAGAGCACGAAGCAGAGCAAGAAAAGCAGCAAGGGACAAGGGAAGUAGUUGUUGGCAAGGUAGAAGCCAUACAUUUGGAAAACAAUCUGUGUUGUGUGCUAGAAUUGAUGAUGUAGUAGUUCGAUAAGCACAAGUGUUGGAUGGUUAAAUAUUAAAUGAAACAUUGCUAUUAUUAAAUAAUAAUUGAUGUAA